AUGUUACUCGAACUGGCAGUCGCAGCCUGCUACCUUAUCACAACCGCUAUCUCAUCACCAAUCCAAGCUAGAAUAAAACAUCAAACUUCUCUUGUAGAUCUAGGAUAUGCUCAAUAUCAGGGUACCUUAUUAAGCUCAGGAAUCACUCAAUACCUAGGAAUGAGAUAUGCAUCUCCUCCUCUUGGUGAUUUAAGAUUCCGCGCUCCUCAACCGCCGCAAAGCUUAGAUGGUGUCCAAAAUGCUCAAACGUUUGGACCGAUUUGUCUCGCUACUGAUAAUGGACCCACCUCUUCACAAUCGGAAGACUGUCUUUUCGUUAAUGUAUGGACGCCGAGUACUGCUACACCGGCCUCCGAACUUCCAGUAUGGGUCUUCAUACAAGGAGGUGGAUAUAUAUCCAAUUCCAAUGCCAAUUUUAAUGGCUCGACAGUAGUCAAUACAUCGAAUAAUGAAAUUGUCUUUGUCAAUUUUAACUAUAGGGUUGGACCAUUUGGAUUUUUGACAAGCGAGAAAGUGAGAGGGAAUGGUGAUUUGAAUGCUGGACUUCUUGAUCAACGUUUCUUGCUACAUUGGGUUCGAGAUCACAUUGCUCAGUUUGGUGGUAAUCCGGAUCAUGUGGUGAUUCACGGAGAUUCUGCGGGUGGUGGAUCUGUCGCACUCCACCUUACUGCAUAUGGAGGAAGAAAUGAUAAUCUCUUCAUCGGUGCCAUUGGCGAAUCUCCUUUCUUUCCAACACAACCCCUCGUACCAGAAUUAGAAUGGCAAUUCGAUCGUUAUGCAAAUUCGGCUGGUUGCGGAUCAGCAGGUGAUGCACUCGCGUGCUUGAGAACUCAAAGUACAGCGGUUCUUCAAGCUGCUAAUGUUGCAUCUCCGUAUCCCGGACAGAGUGGAAGUCCGCUCUUUUAUUGGACGCCAACUAUUGAUGGAGAUUUUAUAAGGGAUUAUCCUUAUGUUCUUUUUGAGAAGGGAUUGUUUGUUGAUUUGCCGAUCAUGUUUGGAGACGUAACAAACGAAGGUUCAGUUUUUGCCCCCAACGCCGCUUCUCCAAACGACACGUCCACAUUCUUUAAAAACAACUAUCCCGGUCUCACCUCCACAGAUCUCGACUCUAUCAACACGCAAUAUCCCCUCACCACACCCCUCCCAAAACACAACGCAUAUUUCCCCUCUGCUUCCGCCGCCUACGGCGAAACAACCUUCUUCUGUCCCGCCCUCUUCAUCUCCACCCACCUCGCCACCUUCAACACCGCAAAGCAGGUCUGGUUCUACCGCUUCAACGUCCAAGACACGGAUAACAUCUCCGCUGGCCUCGGCGUCCCGCACGUCUUCGAACUCCCAGCCAUUUUCGGACCCGGAAAUACGCAGACCGGAGACGGAGGUAGCUAUCUGAGUUACAAUCGACAGAUUGUGGGGGUCACGAUGAAGUAUUGGAUAGGGUUUGUGAGGGAGCUGGAUCCGAAUUGGGGGAAGGGAGCGGGGGCGCCGCAUUGGGAAAAUUUGGGAGAGGUGAGUGCGGCGGGGGCAGACUGA